GGAACCUGGGAGCGGCGGCGCCGGCGCGGGGGAGGGGAGGCCGGAUGUGAGUGGAGCGGCCAUUUCCUGUUUCUCUGCAGUUUUCCUCAGCUUUGGGUGGUGGCCGCUGCCGGGCAUCGGCUUCCAGUCCGCGGAGGGCGAGGCGGCGUGGACAGCGGCCCCGGCACCCAGCGCCCCGCCGCCCGCAAGCCGCGCGCCCGUCCGCCGCGCCCCGAGCCCGCCGCUUCCUAUCUCAGCGCCCUGCCGCCGCCGCCGCGGCCCAGCGAGCGGCCCUGAUGCAGGCCAUCAAGUGUGUGGUGGUGGGAGACGGAGCUGUAGGUAAAACUUGCCUACUGAUCAGUUACACAACCAAUGCAUUUCCUGGAGAAUAUAUCCCUACUGUCUUUGACAAUUAUUCUGCCAAUGUUAUGGUAGAUGGAAAACCGGUGAAUCUGGGCUUAUGGGAUACAGCUGGACAAGAAGAUUAUGACAGAUUACGCCCCCUAUCCUAUCCGCAAACAGAUGUGUUCUUAAUUUGCUUUUCCCUUGUGAGUCCUGCAUCAUUUGAAAAUGUCCGUGCAAAGUGGUAUCCUGAGGUGCGGCACCACUGUCCCAACACUCCCAUCAUCCUAGUGGGAACUAAACUUGAUCUUAGGGAUGAUAAAGACACGAUCGAGAAACUGAAGGAGAAGAAGCUGACUCCCAUCACCUAUCCGCAGGGUCUAGCCAUGGCUAAGGAGAUUGGUAUGGAAUCCUGCGUUUUUCCUCCGCCUUGUACCUCUUUUAUUGUAGUGACAGAGACUGGAGUCCAGUCUGGGAAAGGAGGGUGUGUGCCUCCCACUCAGGGCCUGGUGUACUCUUGGGGAACCAGCUGGCAAGGCCCUCUGGGUCUUAAUGUCAGCGUUGGAAAGUGGAAGCAGGGCUGGGAGCCGGCAGAAGGCGCCCAGGCCCCAGGAGCUGCCUCCCAUUGGUGUGAUCAGAAGAGAGUGGGGUUGAGUGUACAUUGCCGUGUGGUCGUGUUUCCUGUAGGUGCUGUAAAAUACCUGGAGUGCUCGGCGCUCACACAGCGAGGCCUCAAGACAGUGUUUGACGAAGCGAUCCGAGCAGUCCUCUGCCCACCUCCCGUGAAGAAGAGGAAGAGAAAAUGCCUGCUGUUGUAAAUGUCUGAGCCCCUCAUUCUUGGUCCUGUCCCCUGGAACCUUUGUACGCUUUGCUCAAAAAAAAAAAUGGUGGAGCCUUCGCACUCAAUGCCAACUUUUUGUUACAGAUUAAUUUUUCCAUAAAACCAUUUUUUGAACCAAUCAGUAAUUUUAAGGUUUUGUUUGUUCUAAAUGUAAGAGUUCAGACUCACAUUCUAUUAAAAUUUAGCCCUAAAAUGACAAGCCUUCUUAAAGCCUUAUUUUUCAAAAGCCCCCCCCAUUCUUGCUCAGAUUAAGAGUUGCCAAAAUACCUUCUGAACUACACUGCAUUGUUGUGCUAAGAACACCGAGCACUAAACUGUGUAAAGACCUUCGUCUUUGAGAAGACUGUAGCUUCUGCAGUUAGGAGAUGCAGACACUUGCUCAGUAGUUUUCAGAUGCGUAAAGCAGAACAGCCUCCCGAAUGAAGCGUUGCCACUGAACUCACCAGUGAUUUAGCAGCCCAUGUUCACGACAUCACAUUGUACUGUAAUGGAGUGAGUGUAGCAGCUCAGCUCUUUGGAUCAGUCUUUUUGAUUUCAUAGUGAGUUUUCUGACCAGCUUUUGUGGAGAUUUUGAACAGAACUGGUAUUUCCUCUAAUGAAGAAUUCUGUUCAGCUGUGGGUGUGCCGGGUGGGGUGUGUGUGAUCAAAGGACAAAGACAGUAUUUUGACAAUACGAAGUGGAGAUUUACACUACAUUGUACAAGGAACAAAAGUGUCAUGGGUAAAAACUCUAAAAGGUUAAUUUCUGUCAAAUGCAGUAGAUGAUGAAAGGUUGGUAUUAUCAGGAAAUGUUUUCUUAAGCUUUUCCUUUCUCUUUCACCUGCCAUCCCUCCCCAAAUUGGGCAUUUAAUUUAUCUUUAAACUGGUUGUUCUCUUAGUCGCUAACUUAGUGCUUUUCUUAUAGAACCCCUUCUUACUGAGCAAUAUGCCUCCUUGUAUUAUAAAAUCUUUCUGAUAAUGCAUUAGAAGGUUUUUUUGUCAAUUAGUAAAAGUGCUUUCCAUGUUACUUUAUUCAAAGCUAAUAAGUGCUUUCCUUAGUUUUCUAGUAAUUAGGUGUAAAAAUCAUGUGUUGCAGCUUUAUAGUUUUAAAAAUAUUUUAGAUAAUUCUUAAACCAUGAACCUUCUUAACAUCACUGUCUUGCCAGAUUACCGACACUGUCACUUGACCAAUACUGAUCCUCUUUACCUCGCCCACGCGGACACAUGCCUCCUGUAGUCGCUUUGCCUAAUGAUGUUCCUUUGGGUCUGUGAGGUUCUGUAAACUGUGCUAGUGCUGACGAUGUUCUGUACAACUUAACUCACUGGCAAGAAUAUAACGUGGGACCUUUCAACCACUACAACAGAAUUUUUUAAAUUGACAGUUGCAGAAUUGUGGAGUGUUUUUACAUUGAUCUUUUGCUAAUGCAAUUAGCAUUAUGUUUUGCAUGUAUGACUUAAUAAAUCCUUGAAUCAUA